GCUACAAUGUCAGUAACUAUUAACUCCAAGGUGGUUGAACUUGACGAUUUAAUACCUAAAGUCGUGGAUCGUGAGUGUGAAGAUGAGGAUGUGGAGAGACUCAUUCCUUGGGUUUUUCAACAUUCAGAUAUUGUAGAUGGAGAUUGCUUAGAAAGUGGCCCUAAAGAAGGCUGCGAGUUCCAGCCAUUAUUUUAUCACUUACAAUCCUACCGAUGCGAGCUACAAGCAAAUGACUCUGAUGAUACAGGUAUCUCGAAUAUCUUUGUACCCAGCGAAACAAUCACCCUACCCAGAAAAAGCUGGCGCAUGCCUGGAAGAGAACAAUUUACACAUUUUAUAAAUGACCAGUGCACAAUAACCAAAUUGCUACUGCAGUCCAUCUAUCUCAGCCUUGAUCAUGAUGUCAAAGCGCCGGAUCCCAAGGUUGAGUUUACUACAGCUGCCCGCGACUUGAAAUAUACAAUUGGCGGUAGUCGAUAUGCGACCAGACUAGAGGGCGCUGUUCUUGCCGGGCCAAGAGCCCAAUAUAUGCCUAUGAUCGCUUUUACCGGGUGGUUCAUCGGACAAACCUGGAAUGCGUUCUUGAUGGAAACGUUCAGUGCGAUGCUGGGCCAGCUUACUAGAAAUCUCAGCCUGCUGCAGACCGGUUUCGAAGACCAGGAGGUCUUUAUAGUCGGCUUCUAUGGUCCUUACCUCCACAUUGCUCGAGGGUUCUUUACGAAAGACCGUAUCUCCAGAGUACAUGCUGAAGGAAACUUCGAUCAAGGACCUGUUAGUCUACAGUUCACGAGGGGUUAUGACUUGUUCCUCAAAGAGGAUUGGCUGGAAGCAACUCGUGCAUUGACUAGGUUGCUUCGGUAUCUGCAUAGUGGAAAGUCAAGGGUUGGGGCUGUACAAAAGGAGAGACGCAGCCCAAGUGUUUAAAACUCUCGCUGGCAUCAACAAAUUCUAUGACAUUAUUAUGCUACAGCUUCAAGUUGAAGAGAAUAACUGUCAGCGGGAGGGCUUUCUUUUU